AACCAAAAAUCAGAAAAAAAACAUAAACAAAAUUAAUUCCUUAAUAAAAAAAGAAAAAAAAAAAAAAGAAAGAAACGAGUUGAAUCAUUGAGUGUAUUUGAUCCAAGAAAAAGAUAAAUUAUUUAUUUGGUUUCGAUGUAGUCCCGCAAAAACCAAAAAAAAAAAAAAAAGGGGGAAAGGAAAACGCAAAAGUUACAAUCAGUUUUUAUAUAUUUUUUCGUUUAGAAUUUGUUGAUUUUGGAGGCAAUCAAAUUGGAUGAAUUGCUGCAGAUGAUGAUUUGUUGUUGCUCUCAGAAUCUGAGAGAUGCGUUUCAAGCUUGUCUUCGUGAUUAUGAUAAGCUUCUUUAUGUUGCCGUCAUCCUCAUUUACAUCCAAAUUGGGUGUGCCUUAACCGGAUCCCUCGGCGCAUUGUACAACGGUGUGUUAUUGGCCAAUUUGGGCAUCGCCUUGUUUGCUUUGGUUGCCAUCGAGAGUGGUAGUCAAAGCUUGGGCCGAGCUUAUGCCGUUUUACUCUUUUGCGCCAUUUUGCUUGACAUUUCAUGGUUUAUCCUCUUUUCCCAUGAUAUUUGGAACAUGUCGAAAGAGACCGACGGCGGCGAAGAAGGGGAGAGCCGUGGAAUGUUGUUUAUUUUCUCGGUCAGGUUAACACUUGCAAUGGAGAUGGUGGGGCUUUUCGUGAGAUUAUGGUCGUCUCUUUUAUGGAUUCAAAUAUAUAGACUUGGGGUUUCAAAUGUAGGCAAUCCUUCUGAUCUAAGAGACCCUGAUUUUGAUUUGAAGAAUGGUUUUCUAAGCCCUUCAACCCCUUCCAAUCCCUUACUUAGACAGUGCUCUCAUAAUGAAUCUGAUGAUGCUUUAGGAGGUGCCAUUUAUGAUCCUGCUUAUUACUAUUCUCUCUUUGAAGAUCGUCAGCAAUGUAAUCGAAAUUCUUUUACGGGUCAUAAUAAUGGUGUUGGUGGAAGUGGAUCUGCUUCAGGUGCCGAAACUUCUCUGCUAAAGCCAUCACCUGUUAGGACUCAUCUGGGUAUUGAUGAGGAGAAUGGUACAAAGUUGCCUCAAACUGUUUGAAUCCGGGCAUUAUAUCUGUGAAAAGCUGAGCUUAUCACCAUCACUCACAUGAACAAGUUGUUUCGAGGCAUCUUAAAUUUUUUCGGCAGGGCAGGAAUGGGAUUUGUACAGGUUCCUACUUUGUCAUUCUUUUCGCAGGAUAUAGCUGAAGGUCUUUCGAGUUAGAAAAAAGAAGGCGAAUGGUGUGUUUAAAUCCUGUAAGAAAUAGAGUUAAAAAAGGGGGGUUUUUUUUUUUUUUUUUUGAGAAAUGUAGUGAAUUUGUCAUGUUAUAGAUAGGUUGGUUUCUUAGCACAAAAAGGUAUAGAGUUGUUUGUAGGAUUGUGAUGUCUUUUGAACUUGCUUCUUCUUCUUCUUUCUUUCUUCUUUCUUUCUUCUCUCUCUCUCUCUUCUUCUUCCCCCACCCCACCCCCCCCUUUUUUUUUUUUUGUUUUUUGUUUUGCAUAUUUGGCUUUUGUUGCCUGCUCUGCUGCUGCUUUAGGCAAAUUUUGUUAAACAUUCUUGAAGAGCCCAGAUUUAGGGUAUUAUAUAAUAGUUGGUUCAUAUUCUUUACAAACCAAAAA